UGGGGCCGCCCCCGGGGCGGGGCCGCCGCCCUGAAAGCCGGGCCGGGCGGCGGGGCCGGGGCAGAGGCUGCGCCGCCGGGUGAGGGUGAGGGCGAGGGCCGGGCCGCAGGAGGCAGCACCAUGGAGAGCGGCGCCGACGGGCGCCUGGACGCCGCCGCCUUCCUCGGGGCCUGGCGGCGCUUCGAUGCCGACGACAAUGGUUACAUAGAAGGGAAGGAGCUUGACGAUUUUUUUCAUCAUCUCCUGGAGAAGCUGGGACCAGAGAGCACCAUCACAGAAGAAGAAGUUCAGAGGAUGAAGGAGCAAUUCAUGUCUGUCUAUGAUGUCACCACAGAUGGACGCUUGCAAAUCCAGGAGCUUGCAAAUAUGAUCUUGCCGGAUGAUGAGAACUUCCUUCUGCUUUUUCGACGGGAAACUCCCUUGGACAACAGCGUGGAAUUCAUGCGGAUCUGGCGCAGUUACGAUGCUGACAGCAGCGGAUUUAUUUCGGCCAGUGAACUCAAAGAUUUCCUGCGAGAUCUCUUUCUGCAACAUAACAAGAUGGUUGCUGAAGUAAAGCUGGAAGAAUAUACUGAUACCAUGAUGAAAAUCUUUGAUAAAAACAAAGAUGGACGACUGGACCUGAAUGACCUGGCAAGGAUUCUGGCACUCCAGGAAAAUUUCCUUCUACAAUUUAAGAUGGAUGCUUGCAGCACAGAAGAAAGGAGGAGAGAUUUUGAGAAGAUCUUUGCACACUAUGACGUUAGUAAAACAGGAGCACUUGAAGGCCCAGAAGUGGAUGGGUUUGUCAAAGACAUGAUGGAACUGGUCAAGCCCAGCAUUAGCGGGGUGGACCUGGACAAGUUCCGCCAGAUCCUGCUCAACCACUGCGAUGUGAACAAGGAUGGGAAAAUUCAGAAAUCUGAACUAGCUUUGUGCCUCGGGCUGAAAAUUAACCCAUAGCUGGGAAAGUGCUUGUGGUGUGUUUCCUUGAAAGAUUUGCCUGCUGCUCCUUGUAGAAGUGUGUUCUGUGCUGCUGUGGGAGCGGGGGGCAGCUGAGGCACCGUGCUGUCAGGCUGGAAAGUGGGAUUUGCAUGGGAGCCUCCUCACUCCACCAGCUCCUUUGUGAUGUUCACUUGCUGCUGCCUCUUGUGGAUCCCCUUAGCAAUGUCUCUGCCCACCAGCAGAUGAGCUGCUCAGAAGAGAGGUUGCUGUUCUUCUGUCCUCAUGAAACACUGCCCUACCCAUUCUUGUAGGAUAGGAACAAGCACCUCCUCAAAAGCAUCCCCUCAGUGUUCUCAAAGUGCAGCUACUGUUCCUGAUGGUCACUUUAUAUGUGUGAAGUUAGUACUUUGGUGAACAUUGUGCCUUGUGCAUUUAAAAUAUUGGAUGGAUGACAGUGUAUUUGUGCAGAAAUAAAAUGGCUAUUACAGAAAUUCAGUAACAUCAAAGUUUAUGUGUUAUGUACAGAAAGCCAUCUGCCACAGGCUGGCAGACUGUACAUAAUAGCCUUUUAUGUAACAUGCAUCAAACAGCAAGAGCUUUUGUGAUGCCUAUCACUUGUGGGGUUUAAAUCUGCAAUGGAACACAGUAGGUCUUUCCCAUGGGGAAACCACAAAGACCAUGUGUGGUUUGUGUGUCACCCUCACACAUGUCACCCUCAGGAUGAAACCACAAAGUAACAUCACUUCUGGAGGACACUUCGCCUCUGACCCAAACUGAAAUAACCUUCAAGCUUUCAAUAAACUGGAAACCUGGAAGGACAGAAACCAAAGUUCCUACACAUGCUUGAGGGUUUUUUCAGAUCUGUUAGAGUUGGUAGAUACUCGUAACCCUUAUUGAACCUAAAACUUCCUAUCACUCCUGUACCAUGGGUACAGUCCCAGAGCCCAAUGGCAAGAGCAUAAUUUCUGCCACAUUUUCCUAUUCCAAAGGCUCUGACUGAAUAUUCAGAAAGUUUCAUGCCUACACUAUCAUGCUCAUAUAAUUCUUUCUUCAUUUCCCAAGAGAAAAUUGGGAAGGAGGGCGAAAAUUCCUCACAUUUCACAAUUUCUGUCUCCUAUAUAUGACAGACCCACACUUGACACUACUAGGGUCUUUAUGGUUAUGUUUUCCACACCAGGAAACACAAUGAAACAUUCCCAUUAUACUCAAUUUUGUAAAAAUUGAUCAGAAAUUGCCUUCGGUCAACAUAAAUAGAGAUGUAAACAUGGAUUACAUAAAGCUCUUAAGAACAUACACAAUUUAUGCUCAUUUUCUAUUUUCAUUGAUGAUAAUCUCACAGACCAAACAAGUGCUAAGUGCUUGUUUAACCCCAGCACAGAGCUUGGGCUUUAAAUUCUAAACUGCUUUUUAUCACCCUGGCAGCAACACAGAUCACAAACACAAUAACAGAGCUUUACAAUGGUUCACAAAAACCAUAAACAAGGAAUCAGGCCUUAGCAUUAACUCCUUAAGCCAGCAGGGGUGCAGUUUUACUCAUGGAUGCUCACACCCCUCUAAGGGAAGAGCUGUGGUCAGGAGUGCAGGACCACCAACAGAGAAACCCCCCAUACUGCUGUUUACCAGACAUGAUUUAUCACCAUCUUUGAACAAACUUAGCAGGGUACAACAGCUGUUGUUUUAUUGUACCUCAAAUAGGAUGUAGGAUGUGACUGAUCAGCAUAAAGUGUUAUGCCUUUAAGUACAUUCUUCUGUUUUUCUCUCUUCCUUCAGUCUUUAUAUCAUUCAAAUUGUUAUUAUUCUUUUCUUAAACUACAAUUUUUAUUCCUUUGGAUAUGGGAGAUAUUUCUGUACCAUUCCCUUAGAUAUAUUUCCCCAUAUAAAUGUAGGGUCUUUUUGCUCUUUGUAUUUCCCAGUGAUGGCAGGUCCAUUUUGUUUCCCCUCUGUUUAACCCUACUCAUAUCAGUAGAACUUUUUCUUAUCUAUUGAAGUAUAAAUUGAAGCAUAUCCUGUCCUGCCUCACCAAAACUACAGCAUCUGAUAUCCUAAAGGAACAAUUAAUUUUUGAAGACUUUAUACAACCACAGCUCUCAUUUCAAGAAUUAUAGAACAUUUACUCUUUAUUGAAACCCUAUGCUUUUCACAUCCUCUACAGCCAAUAGUUUUUAUUCAAUGGACACUGAGUAGUAAUGAAUUUGAGAUGUCAGUGUCACAGUGUAUUUUGCUCCUUUUGUACAAGUCCGGGGUUUAUUUUUUUUAAUAUUGAUUUUGACAGAGGCUUCACACAACUAGUUUUUCUAGCUUUUAAUAAGUGAAUGCCUAGCCUCCAGUGAGUUUAAAACAGCAUUUUACAAAACAUUAGCAAGAAGUAAUUUGUAAUCAUGGAUUAAAAGGUUAUAUAUAGAACUUAGAGAAUGAGAUUUCAUGAUACUUUUUAGUUAGUUAGUUUUCCAUUCCCACAAGGGUUUGUGUUUUUUUAUUGUGUCCCGGCCAGAAACCAGAGAGCAGGAAAACAGACAUACAUGCUGUCCUGUUUGCAAGGACCAUAAGGGAGAGCUAUAUCCCAGUGGGACUACUGCCUCAGUGAGCUGCAGAUCCCCUCUAAACAAAACAAAAUGUCAGGUGCAAUGGGAUUUGAGCCCACAUUACAAAGGUCAGUGAGGGAAUCACUAGUGAGACAUCAUUUUAUAAACUUGUAGCCUCUGAAAGUCAACAUUAAGGCAGGAAACAGGCAUCUUGAGUCUUCUUGCAGAGAAGACCCGUUCCUUGCAGAGCUUUUUUUGGUUUUUUAUGUUUUGUUUUUGUGGGCUUUUUGUUGUUGUUGGUGGUGUUUUUUGGUUGGUUGGUUUUGUUUCUGUUUUGAUUUUGUUUGUCAUUUGUUUGUUUUUAAUUAUUAUUUUCACUUCAAUAAUAAAUGAUCUACUAGGUCCUUUGGUCUCAGGGUCUGGUAGUAUCAACCUUUUAGUUUCCUGUAGAUAUAAAGCUGGGCAAUGCAUCUGAUAAAGUAUAGCUGUUUUCCAUUUUCCAGAUUUGAAGGGUAUUUCUAUGUACUUCUAUGUACAAAACACAAGAUUGUAAUUCACAUUUGAAGGGUUACACAAAAAAUACUUGUUUUGCAUUAGAUAUAUGAAAACAGUAACAAUUUUUUUGGUUAUUGCUCGCUUUUUAGGAGGCUGGAUCAUGGUAACUAGUAUUUGAAAGCAGAAAGUGAACAAAAAUCUUUGCAAAUAUAGUUUUCCCUAGAUAUUUUCAUGUUUUUCUUUAGAAAACUGGAGUUAAGGGAUUCACAGUUUCCUGUCUCUUCAUAGUAUACAAAUCUAUUGAAAUAAACUUAAUUGGCUCAUCAUACUUCAUAGACGUAUUUCCAAAGCACAUUUAGCAGCCACAGGUGUAGUGGUCAGUAUGCACAGUGCUCCCAAAUGUGCAUUUUUAUGCUUGGUUUUCUUCCUUUGCUUGUUUAACUGGCAAACUCCUGGAUAUGGAAAUCAGUGUGUGAAUUUCCUGAGAACAAAGCUGUUCCUUUGCUUCCCUUUUCCCUCUGAGUUGAAUGAGAUCAUGCCCUGUUCUCCUGUCAUGCUCCC